AUGGAGCCACAACUAGAGAGUCAAAUUGCACUUGUAACUGAGCAAAGUGAUGCCGUACGAAUUGAUUUAACAUCUGAUGAUGUUGAUGGAAACAACACCCAAGUUGCAGGGGAUUUGAAAGACCCAAAAGAUGAAGGAGAUGAGAAGGACCCCAAAGCUGAAGGAGAUGAAAAUGGGGAAACUGCAUCUGCACGUAAAAAAAGAAAAUCUAAAGUUUGGAAUGAUUUUACAAUGGUCAAGGUGAAGGGUGUUGAUAAAGCAGAGUGUAACCAUUGCAAAUUCAAACUUUCUAUGGGUUCUGGUACGACAACUCAUCUUCAUAGACAUAUUUCUAAUUGCUUGGCACGAAAGUUAGGAGAUAAAAGGCAAAAGUAUUUAGCUGCAGACCCAACUAGUCUUGAAGGAGCAUGUGGCAAUCUUAUAACUUACCAGUACGAUAAAGACAAGGUAAGGGAUAUUAUGUCAAAGAUGUUUCUAGUUCAUGAAUACCCCUUUCGUAUGGCAGAACAUGCAUUUUUUAAUAUGCUGCUGAAAAGUUUGAAUCCAAGAUUUGAGAAAAUUUCUCGUGUGACAAUGAAGAGUGAUUGUAUGAAAAUUUUUUCUCGAGAGAAAACGAGAAUAAAACAAAUGCUAGCAGGUGUUAGUAGGGUAAGUUUAACCUCAGAUCUAUGGACAUCCAACCAAACAAUUGGUUACAUGUGUCUCACUGGCCAUUUUUUGGAUGCUGAUUGGAAAUUGCAGAAGCGGAUAUUGAACUUUUGUGGUUUGCCACCUCCUCAUACUGGAGUUGCAAUUGCUGAUACUAUUUUCAAGUGUCUUCAUGAUUGGGGUAUUGAAAAUAAGAUUUGCACUAUAACUUUAGACAAUGCCUCAGCAAAUGAUGCAGCAGUCAGAAAUCUGAAAGAUAAUUUUGCAUUGAAGGGAAGACUAUUGUUGAAAGGGAAGAUAUUUCAUGUUAGAUGUUCUGCGCAUGUAUUGAAUCUUAUGGUCCAAGAUGGUUUGACUGAAAUUCAAAAAAUUAUUUUGAAUAUUCGUGAAAGUGUGAAGUACUUCAAAAUGUCGCCAUCACGACUUCAUAAGUUUGUGGAGAUUGUUAAACAGCUGCAGUUGCCAACAUCAAAGCGUUUAAUUCUUGAUGUCCCGACACGUUGGAAUUCUACAUAUGCAAUGUUAGAAGCUGCUUUGGUAUUCAAGGAGGUUUUUCCAAGAUAUCAAGAACGUGAUCCAUACUACCAGUGGCUACCAAGUGUAGAUGAUUGGAAGAAAGCUGAAAAGGUAUGUCAAUUUUUGGAAGUUUUCAAUGAAGCUACAAAUAUCUUCUCUGGUAGUGAUUAUCCAACUGCUAAUUUAAUUCUUCCUGAAAUUUGGAAGAUCAAGCAAAUUUUAAAUGAUGCUUCUGUGGAUGAUUGUGAUUACAUGCGUGAGAUGUCUUUAAAAAUGAGUGCAAAAUUUGACAAAUAUUGGGGAGAUUGCAACUUGUUAAUUGCUAUUGCAGUAGUUUUAGAUCCUCGAUACAAGAUGAAGUUCAUUGAAUUUUGCUUUCCAAAAAUUUAUUUGGGUUAUGAAGCUGAGAGACAUAUUAAGGUUGUGAGGGAAUCUCUAUAUCAGCUUUUUGAAGAAUAUGUUGCUGUUUAUAGUUCUAAAGACGGAGAAGUUUGCACUUCCAGUGUUGUUGCCGUUACUGAUAAGAAAUGUAUCACUAAAAGUAGAGUAGAAUUUGAUCUUUGGGCUCAGCAAAUGGAUACAAUUGAACCUCUCAAAUCUGACCUGGAUGUAUAUUUGGAAGAAGGUCGUUAUACUAAUGAAUCUGAUGUGGAAUUCAAUAUCUUGAAUUGGUGGAAGACAAGCACUGCCAAGUUUCGAGUUCUAUCAAAGAUGGCAGGUGAUAUAUUAUCCAUUCCCAUUAGCACAGUUGCUUCUGAAUCUGCUUUUAGUGCUGGAGGUAGAGUUCUUGAUCAAUAUCGGAGUUCCUUAAGGCCAAAUACAGUUGAAGCCCUGAUUUGUACUGGAGAUUGGUUACGUUGUGAGUAUGGAGUUUCUACAUCAGUAAAGGGUGAUGAGGAUUCAAUGGAAGAAAUCUGCUUGGAAUAA